AUGAAGAACGGGUUCCCGGUUUCACACCCAGGGGACGGCCCCAGGCAUCGCUUCCCAUUUGCCGAAGACUCCUCAGAGUCAUGGCAUUCUCAAGAAUCUCCACAAGAUAUCACGGCGCAAAUCUCAACGAUGCAUACUUGCAGCUUGCACAGAAGACUUCACCAAGCAUCUGCAUGUCGGUGGGAUGCCGACUCCGCGAGCUUUGGCUUGCAGGUCAUUGCUGUAGGGCUCAGGCGAAGAUCUCCAGCGGUGUGGGCCAUACAAAUCCCUCCUCCCGACUACCAAGUCCCUGAUUUUACCUUACAGAGCUAUCUAUCUGCGAACCCAACACAGUUAGGGCUGGGCUAUGUUAAAAACAAGGGCCAAUUUAAGUCAAAAGAGCCAGGCAAGGUCUUAAAACUUAGUGUGAUAUAUGUUGUUAUCCGUCGUGGUGUCCAUGUUGAUAUCGCCCUACAGAUUUGCUUUUCUGCAACAACAGCCGUGAGGAGAUGUGGUGUGAUAGAAUUCGCCAAGACGGAAGACAGUGACGAUCGCACACAAGAUUGGGCGUCAAAUUCCUCAAAGCCGCGCGAAUCGCGCAACGAGGCGCCUAGUGGUGGUGGUGACAACGAGCACUGA